CCGAGAGCCGUUCACAUACUCCGAGGAAUGAGUGACUUUGCAUUAGCAAAAGCUGUUAAAAAGUAUAAACGUUUAUAAACUGUGGGAUUUGGUUUGGAGGAAUUUGAUAUUUCAUGAUAAGGAAAUGCAGCUAAGCUGAAAAAGGAGUAGUUUCGGAAAAAAAGCGAAGCUAGCCUUGUGACAGCGCUGCAGUGUCUCAAGAAGAUGUCUGUGAAUGCUGCCAUUUGCGGUAUUGGGUUUAUUCCUGUGGCUAUUACUGCUGCUGUGGAGGAUUAAUACCAAGUCUGUAGCGAUGCCAGAUCGAAAAGAGGAAUGUCCUUCUGGCUGUGGACCCUCAAAGGACGGCAUCCAUGGUGCACAUACCCCUUAUUCAGGUGAACAGCCUUUUUCAACAUUGCCUACGAUCUUGACAGACAAUGACAACAGCGGUCCUCAGGCCAGUAUAGUCAAAACAACAGAUGCUGAGCCUCCACAGGACUCCUCUGAGGUGAAUGUAUAUGAGCCAUCAUUGCCACUGACCACCCAAAAACCUUUGAAAACCAGCGUGCCAAAAUUCUGCUCAGGAGCUGAGGCUAGGGGACGCCUCAGAUUUAUUCUGGGAGCAUCAGAGGAUAAUUCUUCUGAUGAGGACCCAGUUGUCACCAAACCUCCAAGUGGUACACCUCAGCCACCCAGCUCCAUCCCAGAAGCUUCCCUUGAGCGGACAUCCUGUGGAGUACUACAGCCCAACUCAUCAGGCAUGACGCUGAGCAUGUGUGGUCCCCACUUGGUGAAAAGAGUGCAUGAACAAAGAAAGAUGGACCUACAAAGAGACUUCACUGUUGCAUCUCCUGCUGAGUUUGUCACCCGUUUUGGUGGCACCCGUGUCAUUGAAAAAGUGCUAAUAGCCAAUAACGGUAUAGCCGCAGUCAAAUGUAUGCGUUCUAUACGACGCUGGUCCUAUGAAAUGUUUCGCAAUGAGAGGGCCAUCCGUUUUGUGGUCAUGGUAACCCCAGAAGACUUGAAAGCUAAUGCAGAAUACAUCAAAAUGGCAGACCACUACGUGCCUGUACCUGGUGGACCCAACAAUAACAACUAUGCAAAUGUGGAGCUGAUAGUGGAUAUUGCUAAACGAAUCCCAGUGCAGGCUGUGUGGGCUGGUUGGGGCCAUGCCUCAGAAAAUCCUCAACUACCUGAGCUCUUGAACAAAGCAGGCAUAGCUUUCUUAGGACCGUCCAGUAAGGCCAUGUGGGCUCUCGGGGAUAAGGUGGCAUCAUCCAUUGUUGCCCAGAGUGCUGACAUUCCCACAUUACCAUGGAGUGGAUCAGGACUAAGAGUUGCCUGGCCAGAGGGUGACCAUACAAUGAGUAAAAUAAUCAGUGUUCCUCGAGAGGUGUACACACAAGGCUGUAUUUCUGAUAUAAAUGAUGGACUGACAAGAGCUGAAGACAUUGGUUAUCCGAUUGUUAUCAAGGCCUCUGAAGGUGGAGGUGGAAAGGGUAUCCGGAAAGUAGAAACUGCUGAAGAUUUUUCAAGUUCCUUUAGACAGGUUCAGGCUGAGGUACCAGGUUCACCGAUCUUCAUCAUGCAGCUUGCCCAGCAUGCAAGACACCUUGAGGUUCAGAUACUGGCUGAUGAGUAUGGAAAUGCAAUUUCACUAUUUGGACGUGAUUGUUCCAUUCAGAGAAGGCACCAGAAAAUCAUUGAGGAGGCUCCUGCCACCAUUGCAUCUUCCUCAACAUUUGAGCAAAUGGAGCAGUAUGCUGUGCGGCUGGCCAAGAUGGUAGGUUAUGUGAGUGCAGGAACUGUGGAAUACCUCUUUUCUGAGGAUGGAAGCUUUCACUUUCUGGAGCUGAACCCCCGUCUGCAGGUUGAACAUCCCUGUACAGAGAUGAUUGUAGAUGUGAACCUGCCUGCUGCUCAACUUCAGAUUGCAAUGGGCAUCCCCCUUUUUCGAAUUAAAGACAUCAGAUUGCUUUAUGGAGAAUUGCCAUGGGGAGACACACCCAUUCAUUUUGAGAAUCCAGAUCCAAUGCCAUGUCCUAGAGGGCAUGUGAUAGCUGUACGAAUUACCAGUGAGAACCCUGAUGAGGGAUUCAAACCCAGUUCUGGUACGGUGCAGGAGUUGAACUUCCGUAGCAGUAAAAAUGUCUGGGGUUAUUUCAGUGUCGGGGCAGCUGGUGGUCUCCAUAAAUUUGCAGAUUCCCAGUUUGGGCACUGUUUUUCUUGGGGUGAGAACCGUGAAGAAGCCAUUUCGAACAUGGUGGUAGCUAUGAAGGAACUGUCCAUCAGAGGUGACUUUAGGACCACAGUUGAAUACCUCAUUAAGUUACUGGAGACUGAAAGUUUUCGAAAUAAUGACAUAGACACUAGCUGGUUGGAUCAUCUCAUUGCAGAGAAAGUUCAGGCUGAAAGGCCGGAUACGAUGUUGGGUGUUAUCUGUGGGGCUUUGCAUGUUGCUGAUGCUGGCUUUAGAAAGAGCAGGACUGACUUUCUGCAUUCACUGGAAAGAGGCCAAGUACUUCCUGCUGCCACCCUCCUCAACUCUGUCAGUGUGGACCUAAUAUAUGAAGGAGUCAAAUUCUGUCUCAAGGUGGCUCGCCAAUCCCCGACAACUUAUUUCAUCCUCAUGAACUCCUCAAACAUUGAGAUUGAUGUUCACAGGCUGAGUGAUGGUGGCCUUUUGUUCUCCUAUGAUGGUGGCAGCCAUACCACCUACAUGAAGGAGGAAGUGGACAGGUACCGCAUCACUGUUGGCAAUAAGACAUGUGUAUUUGAAAAGGAGAAGGACCCUACAGUGUUAAGGUCACCCUCUGCUGGCAAACUACUACAGUACAUGGUUGAGGACGGAAGCCAUCUGUUUGCAGGAGAGGUCUAUGCAGAAAUUGAGGUCAUGAAGAUGGUGAUGACUUUGACUGUACAGGAGUCUGGCUGUAUACACUUUGUCAAGAGGCCAGGGGCUGUUCUGAAGACUGGUAGUGUGGUGGCUCAUAUGGACCUGGACGAUCCUACCAGCAUACUUCGAGUGGAGCUUAACACAACCACACUCCCAUGUCAGCAACAACCGCCCAUUGUUGGUGAGAAGCUUCACCAGGUUUUCCACAGUGUGCUAGAAAAUCUUGUGAAAGUCAUGGAUGGGUACUGCCUUGAAGAGCCUUACUUUAGCAGCAAGAUAAAUGAAUGGGUGGCAACUCUGAUGAGGACUUUGCGAGACCCGUCGCUACCACUGAUGGAACUCCAAGAGCUCAUGACGAGUGUGGCGGGUCGUAUUCCACCUGGUGUGGAGAAGGCUAUCCGUAAAGUAAUGGCUCAGUAUGCAAGCAACAUCACUUCUGUCCUCUGCCAGUUCCCAAGUCAAAAAAUUGCAAAUAUUCUAGACAGUCAUGCAGCAACUCUGCAGAGGAAGCCUGACCGAGAGGUGUUCUUCAUGAACACUCAGAGUAUUGUACAACUUGUACAGCGGUACCGCAGUGGAAUCCGUGGUUAUAUGAAGUCUGUGGUUCUGGAUCUGCUGAAGCAUUACUUGCAAGUAGAGAUGCAGUUUCAGCAAGCUCAUUAUGACAAGUGCGUUAUAAAUCUGAGAGAGCAGUACAAACCUGACAUGAGUCCUGUCCUGGAAUAUAUCUUCUCUCACGCUCAGGUCUCCAAGAAGAACAUCCUCGUUACAAUGCUGAUUGACCAGCUUUGUGGAAGGGAUCCCACCCUAGCAGAUGAGCUGAUGGCCAUUUUGAAUGAACUUACACAGCUUGGCAAGAUGGAGAACUCAAAGGUUGCUUUGAGGGCGAGACAGGUCUUGAUUGCCUCCCAUUUACCAUCAUAUGAACUGAGGCACAACCAGGUGGAGUCAAUUUUCCUGUCAGCCAUUGACAUGUACGGCCACCAGUUUUGCCCAGAGAACUUGAAGAAACUCAUUCUGUCUGAGACCUCAAUUUUUGAUGUCUUGCCAAAUUUCUUCUAUCACUCCAAUCAAGUUGUGUGCAUGGCUGCCUUGGAGGUGUAUGUGCGCAGAGCUUAUAUUGCCUAUGAGCUAAACAGCAUCCAGCAUCACCAGCUGCAGGAUGGGACAUGUGCUGUAGACUUCCAGUUUAUGUUGCCAUCUUCACACCCAAACAGAGGGAGCAGCCCUACUCUGAACAGGGUUCCUGUCCCAGUGAUUGGACCAGGCCAGUUUAAGAUGAGGCGGGAGGACAGUGAAAUCUUACUUGAUGGAACUUUAUCUUCACCUUGCCAGCGCAUGGGUGCCAUGGUGGCUUUCCAGUGUUUUGAUGACUUCAAAAGGAAUUUUGAUCAGGUUAUCUCCAGCUUUGCAGAACCAAUCCUGGAGAGCUUGAUGAUCUUGGAGUCCUGUUCCAGUCUCUAUGAUGAGGGCAGCUUUAAGAACACAAGAGAGAAUCCAAUUCACAUUAUUAAUGUGUCUAUAAAAUCAGCAGACACCAAAGAUGACAAUGCAUUAGUCACAGCUUUCACUUCCUUUGCUCAGUCUAAGAGAUCCAUCCUGUUUGAGUAUGGGAUCCGGAGAAUCACGUUUUUGGUUGUGCAAACGAGAGAAUUCCCCAAGUUCUUCACUUUCAGAGCUAGAGACGGGUUCCAGGAGGAUCGUAUUUACCGCAACUUGGAGCCAGCUUUAGCAUUUCAGCUGGAGCUCAACCGCAUGAGGAAUUUCGACCUGACAGCUGUUCCAUGUGCCAACCAUAAGAUGCAACUGUACCUGGGUGCUGCUCGCGUUCAGGAGGGUGUUGAAGUUACAGACUAUCGCUUCUUCAUCCGUGCCAUUAUCCGUCAUUCGGAUCUCAUUACAAAGGAAGCUUCGUUUGAGUACCUUCAGAAUGAGGGAGAACGUCUUUUGCUGGAGGCCAUGGAUGAGUUGGAAGUGGCUUUCAGUAACACCAGUGUCCGUACAGACUGCAACCACAUCUUUCUCAACUUUGUCCCUACUGUCAUAAUGGAUCCUUCUAAAAUAGAAGAGUCUGUCCGAUCCAUGGUGAUGCGCUACGGCAGUCGUCUUUGGAAGCUGCGAGUCCUGCAGGCAGAACUGAAGAUCAACAUCCGUCUGACUCCCACUGGGAAUGCCAUUCCCAUUCGUCUUUUUCUCACUAAUGAGUCUGGCUAUUACUUGGACAUCAGCAUAUAUAAGGAGGAUAUUGACCCAAGUUCUGGACAGAUCAUGUUUCAGUCUUAUGGUGAUAAGCAGGGUCCAUUGCAUGGCAUGCUGAUCAACACUCCUUAUGUGACUAAAGACCUGCUGCAGGCCAAGCGAUUCCAGGCUCAAUCUCUGGGCACUACAUACGUCUAUGAUUUUCCUGAGAUGUUCAGACAGGCACUGUUCAAACUGUGGGGUCCAGGGGACGAAUGUCCUAAAGAUGUGCUGAUGUGCACAGAACUGGUUUUGGACCAACAAGUUGGACUAGUGCAGAUGAACCGCCUGCCUGGAGACAAUGAUGUUGGUAUGGUAGCCUUCAGGAUGAAAAUGAAGACUCCAGAGUACCCAGAAGGUCGGGAUAUCAUUGUUAUUUGUAAUGACAUUACACACAUGAUUGGCUCAUUCGCUCCUCAUGAGGAUGAGCUGUUCCACAGGGCUUCUGAACUGGCUCGAGCUGAAGGCAUCCCUCGUAUUUACAUUGCGGCUAAUAGUGGAGCACGUAUUGGCCUUGCUGAAGAAAUUAAACACAUGUUCCAGGUGGCCUGGGUUGACCCCACUGACCCCUACAAGGGCUUCAAGUACCUUUACUUGACACCACAGGACUACACCCGUAUCAGUUCCACCAGUGCUGUGCACUGUCACCAUGUUGAGGAGGGUGGAGAGUCUAGAUACAUAAUCACUGAUAUUAUCGGGAAGGACGAAGGUCUUGGUGUUGAGAACUUGCGAGGAUCUGGCACAAUUGCUGGAGAGUCCUCUCAGGCCUACAAAGAGAUUAUUACAAUCAGUAUGGUAACAUGCCGCGCUAUUGGUAUUGGAGCGUAUCUGGUCCGUCUGGGACAGAGAGUUAUUCAGGUGGAGAACUCUCACAUUAUCCUGACUGGUGCAAGUGCUCUAAACAAGGUUCUUGGCAGGGAGGUGUAUGCUUCCAGCAACCAGCUGGGAGGGGUUCAGAUCAUGCACAACAAUGGAGUCACACAUACCGCUGUGCCAGAUGACUUUGAGGGUGUCUUCACCAUCCUCCAGUGGCUCUCCUAUAUGCCAAAGAACAAAAACUCCCCUGUGCCUGUUAUAACAACUAAGGAUCCAGUCGACAGAGACAUAGAAUUUGUUCCCACCAAAGCACCCUAUGACCCUCGCUGGAUGCUAGCUGGGCGGCCCCACCCCACGGUCAGAGGAGCAUGGCAGAGUGGAUUCUUUGAUCAUGGCUCUUUCAUGGAGAUCAUGGAUUCUUGGGCUCAAACAGUGGUAGUGGGCAGAGCUCGAUUAGGAGGAAUUCCACUGGGCGUGAUUGCUGUUGAAACACGCACAGUUGAGCAUACAGUCCCAGCAGAUCCAGCCAACUUGGAUUCAGAAUCUAAAGUUAUGCAGCAGGCAGGUCAAGUGUGGUUUCCGGAUUCAGCGUUCAAAACAGCACAGGCAAUUUGUGACUUUAACCAUGAACGUCUGCCUCUUAUGGUCUUUGCUAACUGGAGGGGCUUCUCUGGGGGAAUGAAGGAUAUGUAUGACCAGAUAUUGAAGUUUGGGGCCUAUAUUGUAGAUAGCCUGCAUGAAUUCCGCCAACCAGUGUUAGUUUACAUCCCACCACAUGCUGAGCUAAGAGGAGGUUCCUGGGUGGUUAUUGACCCCACCAUCAACCCACUAUGUAUGGAACUCUAUGCUGACAGGGAGAGCAGAGGUGGUGUGCUGGAGCCUGAGGGUACCGUUGAGAUCAAGUUUAGGAUUAAAGACUUGCUGAAGACUAUGAGAAGACUAGAUUCAGUCUAUGCGAGUCUGGUGGAGCAACUGGCCACCCGAAACAUGACCGACGAACAGUGCAAAGUGCUUGAAUCAAAGCUCAAAGCACGAGAGGAGUUCCUGUUGCCCAUGUACCACCAAGUGGCAGUGCAGUUUGUGGAUCUCCAUGACACCCCUGGCAGGAUGCAGGAGAAGGGUGUCAUUACUGACAUUUUGGAUUGGAAGAAUGUUCGGACAUUCUUCUACUGGCGUUUACGCCGCCUGCUGCUGGAACAGGUCGUGAAGUGUGAGAUUCUGCAGGCCAAUAAGGAUUUCAGUGAUGGCCACAUGCAGUCCAUGCUACGGCGCUGGUUUGUCGAAACAGAGGGAACUGUUAAGGCCUACCUGUGGGACAAUAACCAAGUCGUGGUUGAGUGGCUUGAAAAGCAUUUGUCUAUGGGGGAAGGCGGCCCAUCAGCCAUCCGUGAGAACAUCAAAUACCUGAAAAGGGAAAAUACUUUGAAGCAUAUCCACAGCCUGGUGCAGGCCAACCCUGACAUAGCCAUGGACUGCAUCAUCCACAUGAGCCAGAACAUCACUCCAUCCCAGAGAGCAAAGCUCUCCCAUGUGCUUGCAACUAUGAACAGCACCAGCACCAGUUAAGCUUGGAGACGUUCUUACACUAUACUAUCCGAG